UAUACAAAGCUGUUGAUUACUUGCUAGUCUCUGUAAUCUGUUAUUAUUGUUUUUCUGUCUAUUAAAUUUAUAAAAUUUUUUUGUUUACUUGCUUUUCUACUUCUGAAUAUUUAUUUAUAAAAUAAUAAUUAAUUGUCUUCUUAGACGGUGUUCUAUGAAUUACAUUUUAUUUCGAUAGCCUGUAUUUACCUUACUUUAAUAUUUAUACUCCAUUAUAUUUACUUCAAUUUAAUGGAGAUCAACGAGCCAACACCAGAAGCUCUACAAAGAAAAUUAUAUUUUCUACUAGAACAGUUGCAGGAUAUGGCUAGAGAACUACCACAGUUAGUAUUGUCCAUCAUUGGAGACGUAUUCAACGGAGGGCCUGAAAAUACCAAAUGCGAGUGCCAAUAGAACUUCUUUCAGGAUUAGCAAACUGUCUCCUUAAUGAUACAGUAUUUGAAAUAGUUAAAGGAUUAAUGGAGAUUCAACAUGUUACUGAAAAACAUUUAUUUCAACAACGAUUACAAAUUAUCAAUAAACACACAUUGGAAAUUCAAAAUAUGAUUAAAAAUGUACCAAGUCCAGAGCAGCAAGAACUACAAAAAACUAUAUUGUUGAGCAAACACAGGGAUGAACUUAAACAAACAGAUAUGAAACUAGUCAUACAGUUGGAUCAGAAGGUAAGUGAUCAGCAAGUUACAUUGGAAAAGGCAGGAGUGCCAGGAUUCUUUGUAACAAAUAAACCAAUAGAAGUAAAAGUUCAAAUGUAUUUACUUGAUUUCAUACUAAGACUGAGUAAAAUGGAUAUUCCAAAUUAAAGAGUUAUUAUUAAUAUUAUUUAUGUUAAAAUGUAUACAUAUAUAAUGUAUAGUACAUUUUAAAAUUAGUAAAACAUUUUUAUUUACUAUAAGCGAAUAUAUUUAUGUUAAAA